AUGCAGGGAGAAGCAGACGGCUGGGCCAAUCUUUGCCACUUGUCCCCCUCCUCUAUCUGGUCCCAUGCGACCUUGAUCGUCGAUGCUACGGCCCGGUUUGGCGUAGCAAGAGGCGCCAUGGUCCCUAAAGACCCUCUUCCCAAGGCGCCGUUCCUGGACCCGUAG